AUGGCUCCAAUAUCUGCUACCGAAGGAUUUCUCUAUGCCGCGAAGAGAACUGUUGUCGCUGCAGGCCCUGAUCUCGCGAGGCUAUCUGCCCACCAUAUUGCGCGCCGCAGCCUUACCGUAAAUCAUACCCAGGGGGUGACUUUGGGGGUUAUCGUUGCAUACACGGUUAUCAUUGCGCUGCUAUGGAAUCUGCCGUAUGUUCGCUGGUCGUUAUGGCCGUUCAAGAUGCUUGUUAUUGCUUUCCAUGAGUUCGGACAUGCGAUCACGGCUUGUUGCACAGGAGGACGAGUCGAGUCCAUAUCGCUUGACCCUCGAGAAGGCGGGGUUACACACAUGCGGGGUGGUAUCAGUGCUAUUACGCUUCCAGCGGGGUAUCUUGGGUCCUCCCUCAUCGGAGCUCUACUCAUCUUCUGCGGCUUCGAUAUCGUUGCUAGCAAGAUUGCCAGUUUGGUAUUGGGUGUCUGCUUUCUCCUCACUUUGUGGUGGGCUCGCAGAGAUUGGCUUACCAUUGGUACUAUCCUGCUUGCUAUUGGAUUGCUGGUAGCAUGUUGGUUCAUCGCCCAUGCUGAGGCCUUGAGAUAUGUCGUGCUCUUCAUCGGCGUCAUGUCAGCUCUAUACAGCGUUUGGGAUAUCUGCGAUGAUCUUAUCCUUCGCAAAGUAAACUCCUCCGAUGCUAGCGUCUUUGCCAAGAAGUACGGUGGCUCUUCUCAGUGCUGGGGCGUUAUCUGGUCUAUCAUAUCCUUGAUCCUCAUGAUCGUUGGAAUAAUUGCCGGACUCGCAGCAUUCCCCGAAUCGGCAAGCCAGCAGGAGGAUGAUUCGAAGAAGUUCAUUCCCACACGUUAA